AUGUCUGUUCGACACAGCUCAAGCAAGCACUACUCUUCCUCCCGAAGUGGAGGAGGAGGAGGAGGAGGAGGAUCAUCCCUCAGAAUUUCAAGCAGCAAAGGCUCCCAUAGUGGAGGAUUUAGCUCAGGGGGUUUCAGUGGUGGCUCCUUUAGCCGUGGAAGCUCUGGUGGGGGCUGUUUUGGGAGCUCAUUAGGAGGAUACGGCCUAGGAGGAGGUUAUGGUGGAGGGAGCUUUAGUGGAGCCUAUGGAAGUGGCAGCUUUGGUGGGGGCUAUGGAGGAGGCAGCUUGGGAGGAGGCAGCUUUGGAGGAGGCAGCUUUGGUGGUGGUAGCUUUGGUGGAGGUGGCUAUGGAGGAGGCGGCUAUGGAGGAGGCUUUGGUGGUGGAUUUGGAGGAGAUGGUGGCCUUCUCUCUGGAAAUGAAAAGGUAACUAUGCAGAAUCUGAAUGACCGUCUGGCCUCCUACCUGGACAAAGUUCGGGCUCUGGAAGAAUCAAAUUAUGAGCUGGAAGGUAAAAUUAAGGAAUGGUAUGAAAAACAUGGCAACUCAAGCCAGCGAGAGCCUCGUGACUAUAGCAAAUACUACCAAACCAUCGAAGAACUUAAAAAUCAGAUCCUCACCCUCACAACUGACAAUGCCAAUGUCCUGCUUCAGAUUGACAAUGCCAGACUGGCAGCUGAUGACUUCAGGCUGAAGUAUGAGAAUGAAGUAGCCCUGCGCCAAAGCGUGGAAGCCGACAUCAACGGCCUGCGUAGGGUUCUGGAUGAGCUGACCCUCUCCAAGGCUGACCUGGAGAUGCAGAUUGAGAGCCUGACUGAAGAGCUGGCCUACCUGAAGAAGAACCAUGAAGAGGAAAUGAGAGAUCUUCAAAAUGUGUCCACUGGUGAUGUGAAUGUGGAAAUGAAUGCUGCCCCAGGUGUGGAUCUGACUGAACUUCUGAAUAACAUGAGAAGCCAAUAUGAACAACUUGCUGAAAAGAAUCGCAAGGAUGCUGAAGCCUGGUUCAAUGAAAAGAGCAAGGAACUGACUACAGAAAUUGACAGCAACAUCGAACAAAUGUCCAGCCAUAAAUCCGAAAUUACUGAACUGAGACGCACUGUUCAAGGUCUAGAGAUCGAACUACAGUCCCAACUGGCCCUGAAACAAUCCCUGGAAGCCUCCUUGGCAGAAACAGAAGGCCGCUACUGCGUGCAGCUCUCACAGAUUCAGGCCCAGAUCUCCUCCUUGGAGGAACAACUGCAACAGAUUCGAGCUGAAACCGAGUGCCAGAAUGCUGAAUACCAGCAACUGCUAGAUAUUAAGAUCCGACUGGAGAAUGAAAUUCAAACCUACCGCAGCCUGCUAGAAGGAGAAGGAAGUUCCGGAGGCGGAUCCUACGGCGGUGGACGCGGCGGCGGAAGUUCCGGCAGCCACGGCGGCAGCUACGGCGGAAGUUCCGGCGGCGGCGGCCACAGCGGCGGCUACGGCGGCGGAAGUUCCGGCGGCGGCGGCCACAGCGGCGGCUACGGCGGCGGAAGCUCCGGCGGUGGCGGCCAUAGUGGCGGCCACGGCGGCAGUUCCGGCGGCGGCCACGGUGGAAGUUCCGGCGGCGGCCACGGCGGAAGUUCCGGCGGCGGCCAUAGCAGCAGCUUCGGCGGUGGCAGCUCCUCCGGCGGAGGCCAGAGCGGAAGCGGAGGCUUCAAGACUUCUUCUUCCGGGUCGAUUGGAGAGUCCGCUAAGGGACCAAGAUACUAAUAAAGCCAGAGUAAUCAAGACAAUUAUUGAAGAGGUGGCACCUGAUGGUAGAGUCCUUUCCUCUAUGGUUGAAUCAGAAACCAAGAAACACUACUAUUAAGCUGUGUGAAGAGAAAUGAAUCUCUCUUCACACGGGCCAUUAUAUACAGAUCCAUGGAAAACAAAAUGCCCAAGAAAACAUUGUGGUAUUAAUGGUCUGUUGAAAGUAGGUGCACUCCUUGCAAAUAAGAUGUCUAAAAGGUGUUUUGUGGUUUCUAUAUUUCUUCUUUUCACUUUACCAGAAAGUAUUUCAUGGAGAAAAAAAAAAGGAAAACUUGCU